AUGUCGAAAUCAGCUGGAAACUUGGACGGUGGUGAUGAUAGAGUUAACGAGAGGGAGCUGGUAUUUGACUCUUUAACGGCCACACAAGAUAGGCUUGACGAGGCCCAAAAAUCUUACGACCGUUCCAAAUCCGCAUCUUUACAAAGAAACUCGAUCUUGAACAAGUCGAACUCAGGUGUGCCACUCGCAGGUGAAGGGCAUACUGAAAUUGGUGUCAGUAGGGUUGAGGCUUUCAACAAGGUCUUGUACCAAUCUGGGAACUCGGGGAAAAUACUGUUAUGGCUCUUGGGUAGCUCGAUUGGGCUGACAAUGUUUGCCUAUGCAUUGGACCAGGGCAUCACCUCCACCAUCUUCACAACCAUGGCUAGUUCAACAUUCGGACAACACAGCUCACUCGCGGCUGUUAGUACCGCCAGUCAGAUCAUUCGGGCCGUGAGUAAGCCUUUCAUUGGCAAGUUGGCGGAUAUCACCUCUCGCCCUACCACCUAUGUUGUGAUUCUCAUCUUCUACGUUGUUGGUUUUGCUGUGGCGGCCAGCUCAAGCACCUUCGCAGCUUACACAGUGGGAAUAUGCUUCACUUCGGUUGGAAAGUCAGGACUCGACCUAUUGAGCGACAUCAUCGUUGGAGAUUUGACGCCUUUACAAUGGCGAGGCUUCUUCGGUGCCGCGCUGUCGAUUCCUUUCGUCAUUACAGUUCCAAUCAACGGUUUUAUUGCCGAGGCCUUUGUCGACAACUGGCGAUGGGGCUUAGGUAUGUUUGCAAUAGUCGUGCCUAUUAUGCUUGUACCCGCCAUCAUCACACUUUAUGCCAUGCAGCGAAGAGGCGAAAAGAUGGGCAUGGUCACUAUGGCUGCAUCAAAGCGACAACGAGUUAAUGAUGGAGAUAACUCUGAGGAGACCACAGCUUCCGUGGAUUUCUACUACUGGAUGAAGCUUCUGCGCCAAGGGCUGAUUGAUAUCGAUAUUAUCGGACUCGUUAUCCUUGGAACAUCGUUUGCACUUAUUUUACUGCCAUUCACCCUUGCAGAGGAUGCAGAUGGUGGUUGGUCCAAUGGAGGAAUAAUUGCCAUGCUCGUUAUUGGUUUCUUUCUGCUGACUGCCUUUGUGCUUUUCGAAAUGUACCUGGCCUCGAAGCCGCUUAUGACAAAGCGCAUUCUCAGAAAUCGUACUUUUCUGGCCGCGGUCAACAUUUACACCUUCAACCAGAUGGCCUCAGCAACCCGCAAUACCUAUUUCUCUUCGUACAUCUACGUCAUUAAAGAGUGGUCGACUUACGAAUGGACCAUAUUUUUAGGCAUCACAACCAUGGGACUCAGUAUCCUGGGACCCAUCGUUGGUCUCAUCCAACGACGGACUCAUCGAUAUAAGUCCAUGAUGGUAUUUGGCGCUGUGGCGAGGCUGAUCGCGUACGGUUUAUUGGUCCGGGCCGAUGGACGCAUGAUACAAGACACCGCCAGGCUGGUCGUGGCUCAAUUGAUGUUCUGCCUGGGCUCUUUCAAUGUCGUUGGCGUUCGUGUCGGCAGUCAAGCUUCCGUGCCGCAUGAAGACAUGGCCUCAAUAAUCGCCCUGCUCACGCUGUGGUCGACUUUGGGCUCGUCUGUUGGCAGUGCCGUCUCGUCGGCCAUCUGGACGAAUCGAAUGCUAGACCGGAUGCGCAUGGAGAUGGCUGGAGUCGACGAAGCAACCAUAUUGAAGCUCUACGGAAGCAUCAGGAAGCUACGAACCGGCUAUCCCUACGAGGACCCAGUCAGACAAGGUGCUAUCCGGGCGUACGCCUACGUCAACGGCCACAUUGCCACUACUGCUCUGCUUUUAGCCGUCGUGCCCUUGAUUGCCACAUUCUUCAUGCCUGACUUCUACCUGGGCAAGCAGCAGAACGCUGUCACGAACACGGGUCUUGAUGGCGAGGCGGUUGAUGUGCACCACCGACAGCCGAUGCAGGGACGCCCUGCAGAAGCAAAUAAAUCGCUCCCGCUGUAUCGCAGGUGGAUUGCUGCUUACUAUAAAGAUAAUUAA